AGUAGGAAUGAGGUCACCGCACCCGCUCCGUCCUCAGUGCCCACCCAGCAGGUUGUGGCUUCCCCAGCCCCCUUCCCCAAGUUCUUUGCUGGAACCAGCUGCCAGCGGACUGCAGAGUGGCCGCCAGGGGGCGCCCUAUGGCAAGAGUGCUGGGGACGGAGGGGUGGAGGCUGGGCUGGUGUCUGUUCCUGGAAUGGGCCAGGAGGGAGGAGGAGCAAGCGGAAGGGGACGGUGUGGUGGCCGGCUGGCCCAGGCGUCGAGAGAAGACGGCCCGUCCGGUGGCCAGUUUGGGUAUCCUGGGAGCGUGGCUGCAGGUAGGCCGAGGCAUGGCCGAGUCCACAGAGGUCCGGAAGCUGGUGUACCUGGUCACAGGUGGCUGCGGCUUCCUGGGGGAGCAUGUGGUGCGGAUGCUUCUGCAGCGGGAACCCCGGCUCUCGGAGCUGCGGGUCUUUGACCUGCACCUGGGCCCCUGGCUGGAGGAGCUGAAGACAGGGCCCGUGCAGGUGACUGCCAUCCAGGGGGAUGUGACCCAGGCCCACGAGGUGGCAGCGGCUGUGGCUGGAGCCCACGUGGUCAUCCACGCAGCUGGGCUGGUGGAUGUGUUUGGGCGGGCCAGCCCAAAGACCAUCCACGAGGUCAACGUGCAGGGCACAAAGAACGUGAUUGAGGCUUGUGUGCAGACUGGAACACGGUUCCUGGUCUACACGAGCAGCAUGGAAGUUGUGGGGCCCAACAUCAAAGGCCACCCCUUCUACCGGGGCAAUGAGGACACCCCCUAUGAAGCAGUCCACAAACACCCCUAUCCUUGCAGCAAGGCCCAAGCUGAGCGGCUGGUCCUGGAAGCCAAUGGAAGGGAGGUCCGUGGGGGGCUGCCCCUGGUGACGUGUGCCCUGCGUCCCACUGGCAUCUACGGCGAAGGCCACCAGAUCAUGAGGGACUUCUACCACCAGGGCCUUCGCCUGGGGGGUCGGCUCUUCCGGGCCAUCCCAGCCUCUGUGGAGCACGGUCGGGUCUAUGUGGGCAACGUGGCCUGGAUGCACGUGCUGGUGGCGCGGGAGCUGGAGCGGCGAGCGGCACUCGUGGGCGGCCAGGUGUACUUCUGCUACGACGAGUCGCCCUAUAAGAGCUACGAGGACUUCAACAUGGAGUUCCUGGGCCCCUGCGGGCUGCGGCUGGUGGAAACCCGCCUGCUGGCGCCCUACUGGCUGCUGAUGCUCCUGGCUGUUCUCAACGCCCUCCUGCAGUGGCUGCUGCGGCCGCUGCUUCUCUACGCGCCCCUGCUCAACCCCUACACACUGGCCGUGGCCAACACCACCUUCACCGUGAGCACCGACAAGGCUCAGCGCCACUUCGGCUACGAGCCCCUGUUCUCGUGGGAGGACAGCCGGACCCGCACCAUCCGCUGGGUGCGGGCCAUGGAGGGUUCAGCCCAGUGACGGUGGAGCUAGGGCCUGGAGCAUCCAUCCGGGUCCGGAGCCCUCAAACCUUGGAGGGGGGAGUGCGGGUGGGGGGAGGUGGGGAGGCUGCAGUCUGGAGCUGGAGCAGGGGUCUGGGGCCAGCCUGGUUGUCCCUACAGCUCUCCCUGUGUCGCAUCCACGAGCCUUGAGUCGGUGUCCUCGUGCCUCUUAAGUUCUAGGGCGGGGCUUUGGGACAGGCGUGUCUUCACUCUCAACCCAGGCCUGACGGCUGGUGGGCGAAUGUCCGAUGCCCCUGAUGAUCUCAGCUACCCCGUCCCAUUUCCGGCUUUUCAAGCAGGAAGUGAGUAGGACUUCCACGGGCUUCGUGCUGGCCUUCUGAGGUCCAGGCCUGGACUCGGGCCUCCAUUCGGCGGGAAGAUUCUUUCUGGCUCCUCCCACCACCUUUGGCCCUCCUUGGGGGUCACAGUCCCGUUCUUUUAAAAAUAUUUAUCACCUUUAGACAGCCCUCUCUUCUCUUCAACGAAGCCUAAGAUCUGUGCAUUCUCCCUUCUUCUGCCCGCUCCACCCAAAUUAGUUCCUACAAUAUUGUGCUGUACAUGGCCGAGCCCUGGAUUAAAGCUGCCUACCCAA